CUCACGCGCGCGUGAGAGGACCUGACUCACAUCGUUCCCGCUCAGACUUAGAAAUACCAAAGGAAUUCGACUGUUGCCCUUGGAAAUGUAUUUUUCAUGACUUAAAUGUUAAGUUUAUUGAGUUCAAGAGCGUCAUUCGCUACUAAAUUUAUGUUUUAGUUUAUUUUCUACUGAAAUAACGGUCAUUUGUUAUCUGAGGAGAACUGUCGUUGUCCUGACGCACAAACGGACACGCGCGGGUUUAUCAGGAGGUGUCAAGUGCGAGUGACGGUUAUUCUUUGCUGGAUUUCGCGCUUGUUCCUACCAGUUUUGCGGUAAUAUUAUGGUGGCGAAUAGAAACAUGUGAAGCUGUUCAGAUUCCAGGAAUGGAUCUCCAAAGGUGUCCCAUAACUACAGGUUUCUUAUUAAACUGUGGGUUCAAUCUUCAUAAGCCUUUUCCCGGUGAAUAAUAAACACCGCCAAAAUGGACACAUGGACGUUUAUGCCCAACUCCAACCUAUCCCUCCCUGACCGCUUGGUGAAUAACAGCUUCUUCCCAGGGAACGAGUCUGACUUUGGCUUGGAGAUUUACCCUCACAAUAGCACCAACCACGGCUUUGACCAAACAAGUUCAGUCGUCAUCACAUUUGUGUACUUUGUAGUCUGUGCGGUGGGACUGUGUGGGAACACGCUGGUCAUUUAUGUCAUCCUGCGCUACGCCAAGAUGAAGACCGUCACGAAUAUAUACAUUUUAAACCUGGCGGUGGCGGAUGUCCUUUGCAUGCUAAGUCUACCUUUCAUCGCGAUUCAGCUCCUGCUUCUCCACUGGCCGUUCGGAUCCGCGAUCUGCCGCGUCGUCCUCACCGCGGACUCCAUGAACCAAUUCACCAGCAUCUUCUUUCUAACGGUCAUGAGCUUCGACCGCUACCUGGCCGUGGUGCAUCCGAUCAAAUCCACCAAAUGGCGAAAGCCGCGCAUGGCCAAAACCAUCAGUCUGGCCAUGUGGAGUGUGUCUCUGCUGGUCAACCUACCAAUUAUGAUCUACAGCGGAGUGAACUUGAAAAGAAACGAGGCUCGGACGUGCACCAUGUUGUGGCCGGAGCCACAAAACACCUACUACACCGCGUUCAUCUUCUACACUUUUUUCUUGGGCUUUUUCUUACCGCUGAUCGUCAUCUCCAUGUGCUACCUGCUAAUCGUCAUAAAGGUCAAGUCCUCCGGCAUGCGGGUCGGCUCCACCAAAAGAAAGCGCUCGGAGCGGAAAGUCACCCGUAUGGUUUCUAUCGUGGUGGUCGUGUUCGUGCUCUGCUGGUUACCGUUUUACGUGUUUAACGUGACCUCUGUGACCGGAACCGUUCCCACAACACCCGUUCUGAAAAGCACGUUUGACUUCGUGGUGGUGUUGGGUUACGCCAACAGCUGCGCCAACCCAAUCCUCUACGCCUUCUUGUCGGACAACUUCAAGAAGAGUUUCCAAAACGUCUUGUGUCUGAAAAGAGUCGGUGGCUUGGAUGAGAUCGACCGAAGCGAUAGUCGGCAGGACAGGACUCGAAUGGUCAACGACGUCAUGACGGAAACGCAAAACGCUGCGUUGCUCAAUGGAAACCUUCAGACCAGCAUCUGAAAAUGUUACAUGAAACUUGAUUUAGUAUUUAAGAUCAACAUUAAGUAUUAAAGGGUGUUUAUAGGACACCUGCAUGUCUUAAAAUGGCCCAUUUGGAGAGCUCGAUUUGAUUGAUCUCAUGUAUUUAAGCGAUGAAUGUAAUUUACUGUAAAUAACUUUAGCUUUAGCUUUGUUUGGUGUUGCUGUCUGAAGAAAUUAUGAAGCUGUUGUGUUUUGUUAUGCGUGUGUGUUCACUUCAGUGCCAAAACUGUCUUCAAAGUUUAGAGAUACAGUAUAGCGCCAAUAUUCAAGAUCAUGGCCCCUAUUUAAAUAAGCAUUAUUUCACUCUCGAAAAACUUCUGUGGAAACACGGGGCCAAAUAGGACAAGCUUCUUAUUAUUCAAGGGCAGGCUUUUAUGAUGGCCUAAAUAUAAAAAGUUCUCCAAAAUCUUAGAGAAGAUGUACAUUUCUGUGGCCUAUUUAUUUGUUGUUUAUUUAGUGAGUUAUACUUGUCGUAUACCAAAACCUGAUGGCUGCCAUCUGCUUAUAUCUUGUUUACAUUUAUACAAUCUUCCCUCAUCAUA